UCUGCAUCGUUGAUAAUUAUAUAUGGCAGUUUAACAACGCUUCGUAUUGCUUAAUACAUUAAGACUAAAUAUAAAUAUUAUGUUUGUAUUACAUUUAAUUUAAAACCGUGGUUUAAUUGAUUUGAUUUAAUUGAUUUGUGAAUGGAUUUUCUGUUUUAAACUCGUCUUAAGAUAUUGAGCGAUAACAUUCUUGUUUAAACAGUUUUAUAAGAAUUGACAAAAAAAUGUUGGAACUUUACCGGAAGUACCCUGUGUUUUGUACAGUAUGGGCGUUCAUGGAGGUGGUGUUAUUUGGGGGUGUUAUAUUUGGAUGGGGAUCUCUGGUGUUUAUUCUCAAAGAGGAAGGGUUCUAUUUAGAUUAUUGCACACACGAAGAAACGGGCAAUAACUCUAAUAUAGUAUUGUCCGAAACAUUAACUUCUGUCACAGUUUCUAACUCUUCAAUCGACAAACCAUCCUACACGUUCCUCGACGGAAAUAACAGCACGAGCGCGUUCCGGGGAAGAAACGCAGACGGAAUGUUGAGAGGUUGUCCGGAGCAGGAGUCAAAGUUGAACCUCUGGUUUUCUAUUUCUGUCAGUUUCAUGUACCUGUCAUUUGCCGGAAUAGGAUAUUUGAUCAGGCACAUUGGCACGAGAUAUACACGUGCAAUAUUCUUCUUUAUUUACUUGAUUGGAACUCUAUGUUUGGCGUUUACAAGUCCAGAGAUACCAUGGCUACUGUUACCGGGGUUGAGCUGUAUCGGCAUCGCAGGUCUAACCAUGCUUGCUACCAAUCUCCAGGUGUCAAACCUUCAUCCACAUUUGCGGUCAACGAUUGUCGCAAUAUUCACAGGACUCUUCGACUUUUCUUCAGUCAAUAAGCAGCUUGUCAGGAUUGCGUAUGAAAGCGGCAUACCUAGGCGGACGUCAUACAUUUUUAUCUCCGUUUUAUUUGCCGUCAUUAUUGCCACGAGCACGCUUUUCUUCUUACCUAAGAUGAAUAUUGGUGAAGACUAUGUUAAUGAACAAAAGAGGAGAAGGAAUAGCUGCAAACAAGAGAAGGCGCGUGACAGAAACGACAAAGCGCCAAAGGAAGAAAACAACGAAAAGCUUUUAAAAAUGCACGAAAAGGAACUCGUUGUUAUCAGUGAUAAUGUAGAUUUGAAAGAACUAAUGGAACAACCCAAGCCGUCGCUGAUGUCCGUUGUUUUCUCCGUGACCUACAUGUUACAUCUAUAUUGGCUUUUCGUCCACGCACUCCGAUUUGUUACUUUUAUUGGACAGAUUAAUGUAUGGCUGGAAAAUAUUUUCGAAGGGGAUGAAUCCAAAGUUGGACAAAUGCUGGCUAUCUUCUCCUAUAUGACCAUGGGGGCUAUUGGGUCAGCUUUACUUUGUGGAUUUGUGUACGACUUCAUGCGCAAACGAUACAUAAAUUGUGGUAAAAUCAAGAGCGUGUAUAUCCCAGUCGUUCUGCCGAUGUGUUUGGUGAUUUUCUACUCCGUCGGGACAACAGUACUCUGUUACAUCAAACAUGCCGUCGCCCCGUACUUUGCCUUUGCUCUUUUCACGCUGUUCCGGACCUCGUUGUUCACGGUUGCUGUUGCCUUUGUUGGGGAUGCGUUUCCCCUUGACUACUUUGGUGUGUUGUUUGGGUUCAUACAGUUGUCUGCAGGGAUAGCUGGACUUGCCCAGUACCCUUUGUUCCAGUGGUUUGAUGCAUACGAAGGAUCUUACAUGCAUGUAAGCAUAUUGCUUCUUGGACUAGAGAUCUCCACUAUUGUCCACCCUAUACUUCUGUAUAUUAAGGGUAAAAGGGAUAAAGGAGAUGAGGGAAUUAAUAUCUACAACCAUGACUAUACCAUUGACGUCCCCAUCAGUGCCUGAGUCCUCAAAAUUCCAAGUUUCCUAUUGGUCGGAAGAUAUAACACCAGCUACGUUUAUGCAUCGUCGGAAAGGCUGUCUAAAAGUAUACAAUGUACAUGCAAAAUGGUGCAACCGUUGUGUAAACAUUCUGAGAUUUUUGUUCAUUUGGUUGUGUUUUGCUUAAAGCCAAACAAAAAAUGUUUGUUGUUUUUUUUCUUGUUUACGAGCCAAAUGCCUUUUAAUGUUAUUAUAUGUAUUCAAAGCACAAUUCAUGAGCUUAUGUUUAACAUUAUACAAUAGAAAAUGUUAUGACGUUUAGUUAACUGUCUGCCAAGCACAGAGUGAUUAUUUCAAACAUUACCAUAUCAUGACCUUAUUUAGCUGCGUUGAUAGCGUUUUGAAUUAAUUUAGCUGCUUUUAUAGCGUUUUGAAUUAAUUUAGCUGCGUUGAUAGCGUUUUGAAUUAAUUUAACUGCGUUGAUAGCGUUUUGAAUUAAUUUAGCUGCGUUUAUAGCGUUUUGUAUAAAAUUAGUUGCGUUGAUAGCGUUAUGAGUAGAUUUAAAUGCUUUCAUAGCAUUUUGAAUUGUUUUAACUUUAAUGGUGACGGCAUUUAUUCCACUCCAAUAAGCUUAUUAUGUAUCUUCAAACUCAGGUUGCCAGUUAGGUAAGAAAUUUAGUAGAUUUUGUUGUUUAUCUUUUAAAUAGUACGUAAAGAACAUGCCAGAUAGUUCAUGACAAAUGCUUUAUCGUUUUAAAACUUAACAUUUUUGUUUUCGUAAGUAGAAAAUUUGACGUAGUUAUUAAUUUGAUUAUUUAUCUUCAAUGCUAUUUUGUAAAUGAUGGGCAUUAGAUAGCUAUAUAUAGAUGUACAUGUAUAUAUGUACAGUUGUAAAAGGUGCAUCGUGAAUGUGGAGAGCCAAUUCUGUGUUAAAGAAUCUGCUGCCUUAUUUUAUACUACACACUGUUUUUUACAUUUUAAUUUAUAGAAAAAUAGACCUGUUCAUAAUUGUAUCUUUUACAACACAUGACCUGUUAGUGUUUAUUAUAUACUAGUAUAGAUCUUUAUUUAUAAGCAUCGGGUACUUUCUAUAGAUCUAAAUAAUACGUGUAGUCUUAUAUAUCGUCAUGUCAUUUUACAAGAGUCUAUUUCACAACAACAGUCUUUUGUUGCUCCUACAUCGCUACUUUUUGAGUUCAUUCGUUUAAUGUUUGUUUCACUAUUACAUAUUUGUUAUAUUUUGAGAUUUAAGACGUCAGUCAGUUACAUCAUGAUAAUGCGAUGACGUCAGCUCAGUGAAACGUCAUUAAAGUUGUGUUAUUAUGUACUGUUUUUGGCUUUUCUGGGACAGAUACUAAGAAAUGUUUAAGGAUAUUUUAAUAUUUGAUAUUUUAAUACGGAAAGACAAAACUCAGAAAACAAGAUGAAGUCUGAAAAAUAAAAUGUUUCAGCCUCUUUCUUCUUUUUCUUUUUAUCUGACACGUCAAAAUUAAAUAUUAAAACCAAUGCAAUUUCAUUACGAUAUUGACAGAUUCAUUCCGAGUGUAUAAUUAAUUUGUCUUAUACUGCAUGUUAAUAUGUAGAUAUUCAGAAUGUUCGUUAAGAACCUGCCAUGCACUUUUAUAGUUUACAUGACCCGCAUAUUGUGAUACAGUUAUUUUGUAAUGUACAUGUAUAAUGAUAUGUACAUGUAUGAAUUUUAUUCAUUAUUGCUAAUAAAUCAUUAUUUUGUUUAAAGAUA